AUGACUUUUACUAUAUUUCUUCCAUAUUUUAUGAGUCAGGGAGAAGAUCUGAACAAUAUUAAUGCUUCAGAGACAGAUGUGAGCAGUGAUGAGCAGUAUAAGGAGGACAUUCCUACAGAGAAAGAUCUUAUCUAUAUUAAUGCUACAGACAUAAAGGAAGAAGAGACAGACGUGAGCGGUGAUGAGCAGUAUAAGGAGGACAUUCCUACAGGGAAAGAUCUGAUCUAUAUUAAUGCUACAGACAUAAAGGAAGAAGAGACAGACGUGAGCGGUGAUGAGCAGUAUAAGGAGGACAUUCCUACAGGGAAAGAUCUGAUCUAUAUUAAUGCUACAGACAUAAAGGAAGAAGAAGAAGAGACAGAUUUGAGCGGUGAUGAGCAGAAUGAGAAGGAAAUUCCUACAGGGAACUGCCCAGAUUCUUGUACCAGGAGAUCAGAGGAGAAUCUUCUAUCUUCAGAUUAUAAAGCAGAUGAUGAUAUCACACAAGAUACAUAUGAAGAACAUUCCAUUAUCCCAGAUACACCCUCAGCCCUUCACAGCCAAGAUCUGUCAUCUCAUCCUUAUAUACAGGUCCUGUCUUCUCACUCAUCACAGGAUGUUCAGCAAAAAAACGGUCACAGAAGGGGUGUUGGACCUAAACGAGCUCAUACAGGAAAGAAACCAUAUUCAUGCUCAGAAUGUGGGAAAUGUUUUAGUUUUAAAUCAGGUCUUGUUACACAUCAAAGAACUCACACAGGAGAGAAGCCAUUUUCAUGUUCAGAAUGUGGGAAAUGUUUUAAUCAGAAAUCAAUUCUUGUUGUACAUAAAAGAACUCACACAGGAGAGAAGCCCUUUUCAUGUUCAGAAUGUGGGAAAUGUUUUACUUUUCAAUCAAGUUUUGUUAAACAUCAAAGAACUCAUACAGGAGAGAAGCCAUUUUCAUGUUUAGAAUGUGGAAAAUGUUUUGCUCAGAAAUCAGAUCUUGUUAAACAUCAAAGAACUCACACAGGGAAGAAGCCAUUUUCAUGUUCAAAAUGUGGGAAAUGUUUUACUCAGAAACCACAUCUUGUUGUACAUCAAAUAACUCACACAGGAGAGAAGCCAUUUUCAUGUUCAAAAUGUGGGAAAUGUUUUACACAGAAGUCAAGUCUUCAUCAGCAUCAAAGAAAAGAACUCACACAGGGGAGAAGUCAAUUCAGAGGAAUAAUUGAUGCAGAUAACACAUCUAUAUAUUAACCAUGUACAUAGGAUAGUUGACAGUAAUAUAUAUAUAUAUAUAUAUAUAUAUAUAUCAUUUCCAAACUUGUUACCAAUUUUUAAGAAGUUCUCUAUAUUAUAUGAUUUAUUAUUCUUAUAUUCAUCUCCGCACACUGGACUUAUAAUAAAUGUAAUAUUGUCCCUGAGGUUGUAUAUAGGGAAUGUAACGCGUCAGUGUUGUCCCCGCCCCCUUCUCAUUAUGAUUAUAGAGACUUUAAUUCAAGGCAUCAGACAGGAUCCGCGCGUCUCCCUUGAAGAUCGUCUCUUCUGAACAUAAGACGCUGCAGAUACUUUUAUUUAUCACAAACCCUAGACCAGCGUUUCCCGUCUUGACGUCUAUUUUCGGUCUCAGAUCAUAAAAUCCAUUUUUCUAUAUGAGAAGUCGUCAAUAUCUCAGCGUCCCCCGGGUUCAGUAAACAUCGGUGUAAUUCUUUUCCUUUUCUUUGUCCUCCCCGGGGUAUAAAAUCCCUAGAGAUCUGAUCACAUCUGGUACAAGAUCUCUUUACUUCACACUUUGCGCCAUUAUUACACGGAUUGAAGACCCAGUUACACGCUCGUAAAUUCCCAUAUAUGUCGCGGAUUGGAAGGAAAAAGGUUCUUUAUUUAUUAUUUUACAUAAACAAUUGCAUAACAAAUACAAAGUAAUAAAGUUUACCUCUUCAAGAAGUUGCUCAAAAUUCUAACAAUGUUUCUCAUAUUUAAAGGAGUACUCCGGCGCGCACUUUUUUCCUUUUAUCCCGUCCGGGCUGCAAAAUAAAAGAAAACACACUUUCUCUUACCUGCCAAUGAGCCCCCGGAGCUCCGGUACACUCCGGUACAGGUGUUCGGUCCCCGGGCUGUAUUCUUCUUACUUCCUGUUAGCCCGGCACGUCACACGGAGCUUCAGCCUAUCACCGGCCGCAGCGAUGUCCCGCCUCGGGGCCAUUAUGUGACAAUUU